AUGGAGGAUCUGACGAACAACGAGGCUCUCAAGGCCUCGUUUCGGAACCUUGUAGAGGCCCAGUUCGAGCUGCAGGCUAAGGCCGCCGCGGCCAAAGAAGAGAGAGAUGUGAUGAUGAAGAUCCUACUGGGGGUCCAGGGGAAGCAACAAAUGAUAGAAGCCUUCCUAGGGUUGUCUGAGGCUGAUGAGGAGGAAGAAGCGCCGACUGGGGUGAAAGAGGCGGCAAUCGGGACGAGGGAGAAGGUGACGGCAGGGUCGAGCGCCGCCGAGCCACUACCGGCAGGCGAGGGAGCACCACCGAGGAGCCACUGGGGGACGGGGAGCCCGACGGCGGCGACACUUGGCCACAACAGAGAUUUCCACGAGCAGCCGAGCCAGACAGUGAGCGGGCCCACGGAAGCAGCGGGUCUGUUGCUAACUCCGACAGGGUAG